AUGAGUGACCCAUCUUACUGUAGCAACUCUGAAGGAGAUCAAUAUUCACAUAUCAGUGACUCUGAGCCUGAAAUUUAUGAAAAAGAUGUAUACGAAGACGAAGAAGAUGAACAAGUUGUAUACGAAGACAAAGACGAAGAAGAUGAACAAGAUGUAUACAAAGAUGAAGAAGAUGAAGAAGUUGAAGAAGUUGAAUUCAAAGAUGAAAAACCUUAUCUUGCUUCGAAAAAUCUUGUUACUUCUCCUCCGUUACAGUCUCAGGGAAACAAAUCAUCCAAUUCUACAAAUUCGACCAAGGGAAAACCUCCUCUUACUUCUCCGCCAUUACAGUCUCAGGGAAAGAAAUCCUCCAUUUCUACCAAUUCGACGAAGGGUCAGAAGGUGGCUAUCAAAGUUAAGAAAACCUUCAGGCUACCCUUGGACCGUCCAUCUUUCGAAACAUUCAUAGAUGACAACACUACCCUUGACGACGAAGGUUAUCCAUUAUUCCCAAAUGGAAACACUGUCUUUCUUCGACUAUCAGCCGAGCAAAAGUUCACCAACUGGGGGACUUUUGGAUUCACUUAUACAUCGUCUGGUGGCAAAAGCAAAGGCCCAGGUGACUGGCGAACAGUCAGAUAUAGCUGUCUAGGGGUCAUAGUCUGCAAGAGUCUUGGUUGCGAUUAUCUUGGAUCACCGCCAACAGCAGCCCCCAAGAGAGCAGAAUGGAUGAGCAACGGCUGGGGCAUCAUACGCCACUCUGGGAUCCAUAACCAUCGAUGGCCUCGACGUGGCAAGCCGGACAAGUUGUCUUUGGCCAAGUUUGCCAAACGGGUAGUUGAAAACCCUGAUGUGGGACCAUUACGACACAAGGUCGGACGAGCUCCUGCCGGCAAGAAGGAAAUUGUUACCGCUAGCAACAUCCAUGCAGGUUUUGGCAACCUACAUCGGACUGGUUACUAUCGACGUAAGCUCCUUGGGGAAGCAGGUGUUAUCCCCGAAAAGAGUGUUCCAGGAGCGGCAGACAACUUCAUUAUGGACAUGUAUCACUGGUCUGACGUGUGA